AUGUCCCUUCGAAUCCCUGACCAGUUCUUUCGAUCGAGGUCCAAGUCCCGAGAGCGAUCAAGAUCGCGACACGGCCGUGAGCACGAACGCCGUGAUCGAAGUCAUAGUCGCAGCCACAGUCAUGUUCGCAGGACUUCCCCCCCUAGGGAGGCGGAGAAGAAGUCCAAGAAAUACUACGACUACGACUCGUAUGAAGACGAAAUAUCUCGGCGGACAACCUCACGGCGCAUGUCUACGCAGUAUCGUGAGGUUUCGCCGUCUGAUGAUGAAAGAUAUAGGCCAUCGAAGAGUUCAAAGUACUAUACGGAACGGCCAAACGACCACUACUACCUCUCUGACGAGCAUGCUCUGGCUCCUAGAUAUCCAUCUAGUUCGAGGCCAUCCAAGAGCAAGCGGUCAAGCUACAUGUACGACUCACACUCGGAUAUUGACACUGCUCAGGCCCCCAAGCCGCCGGUCGUCGCUCACCCUUCGACAAAGCCAUCCCGACUACAGGAGCCAGAAUAUUUUUCGGACUCAGAGGAUGACCACCUGGCGUACGGUGAUCCUUACGACUACCCCCUUGCCAGAACCCACCACCGUCCUUUGCGGUCACGAUCAAGAUCUCGUGGCAGGCUUCCCGCAGACCCUAGGGCGACGUAUGAUUCGGACUCCAGCUACGAGUAUACUAAGGAGUAUACAACGGAUCGGCGACGGCAUUCCCGCAGUCGAACCAGGGAAUCACCCCAGUAUCGAAGUUUAUUUGAGCAAGAUCAAGCUCCUGUGACUGCUGCCUCCUCUUCUCGCGAUGAGAUGCCGCCUAUGUUGCAAAAAACUCAGCAAUACGGACUAAGCAGUACACUUGAACAACUGAAGUCGCAGCUCUACCCAUCAUCUGAUUCCAAGGACCUCCACCCUGAGGAGAAGCCGUCGGAUAUUGAUCUCAAUGCAUGGGCCGAGAUUCCCGAAUGCGAACGUGAAGGCUAUGUCCCACCGACAGAGAAACAACCUGCCCCAGCCCCAACACCUCACAGUGAAAAUAACGAUAAUCAUCCGGAUCUGCCUAAUAUAUACGCCAACCUUACUCAGUAUUACCAGCUGCAGAAGCAACCAGUGGUAGCCUCCGCUGCGAAGGUGGCGACAGCGCCAGAAGUGCCUCCUCGUCCACAGACUUCAACAUAUACUCGCCCUAUUCCGAGUGUGAUACCUGGAGCAACUGUCGCUAGCCCAGCAACGUCUACUACUCAGUAUCCUAGCAUUCCUGCUUCGCGAUAUGUACCUCCACAAUACGGUCAAACACCAGCUGCCACUCAGACAUUGGCACCGAAGCCAGGGGCGCCCGGCGGCCAUAAACGCGCGACCUCUACUGGACAUAUUCCCACAAAGCAAACAUACAGCAAGCCAGAUGUUUACCAGUAUUCUGUACCUGCGUCGCAGAUCAGGUAUUCCACUCAGAUGCCUACACCUGCCGCCGUCGCUACUGGUGCCACCACUGCUACCCCAACUACUACUAUUCCUGCUGCUACUGCUGCUGCUAAUACAACCCCUAGCAAAGUUCAGUAUGCUGCAGCACCUGUUAGCCAGCCGAAGCAAACUUCAUAUCUGGAAAUAAAACCUCGUCGUCAAACUGUCAGCAGCAAGCCAAGUAACCUGAAUUUAUAUCCUGACAACCAAAUGAAGAUACCCGGCAGUUUCCCAGAUGGCAUGAAUCCACCAGCUAGUCCGCUUCUAGAGCCUUAUAAGGGCACAUAUCAAAGUAUAUCGCCUAUUCAAUGGCCAACAUCCCUUGCGGAUGAUGCCUUGUCUGAUAUGGAGCCUCUCAACGGCAAAGAAAGCAGGGCUCUAGGCCGCAAGAAAAGCAAGAAAGAAAAGAAGCAGAUAGAGGAUCCUGGUUUGGAACUUCAAAUCCGGAGGAGACUGUCCACCAGCUUGGGCCCAAGUGUCAUCAAAGAGAUUGCACCCAAAGAACCGGUUUACACUUAUGAUCCCAAGGAUGACGCUAAACUGGUCCAUUCUGCUCUGAACCACUCAAAAAUCAAUGCUAAAACACUAAUAAAGAUCCUUCCAUACCUCACAUCCGAUGAGAUUCUGGACCUUCGUGGUGCAUACAAGAAUCUAAGAGUCUUAACUAGGAAAGGGGUGAACUUGGCCAAGCAUAUUAAGAUGGUAGUCCCUGGCAACUUAGGUAAAGUAUGCUACGCGACCGCCUUGGGGCAAUGGGAGUCGGAAGCUCUAUGGGCCAAUUUCUGGUAUCAAUCGAGCCGUACUCGACAUGAACUCCUUAUCGAGUCACUAAUCGGGAGGCCCAAUGCUGAAAUAAAGGAGAUCAAAGCUUGCUUCCGCGACAAGAGGUACCAGGAUAACCUUGAGCUGUGCAUGCAGACCGAACUCAAGGCCGAUAAGUUCCGUACCGCUAUUUUGCUUGCUUUGCAGGAGAGGAGACAGCCUGACAACGCGCCGUUGAAUAUCGACCUGAUCCGUAAGGACGUGUAUGACCUUCAUCGUGCGGUAACAUCCCGUGACGGAGGUGAGACUGCUAUGAUACAGAUUAUCAUAGUAAGAGGCAAUGCGCACCUGCGGGAAGUGUUGCAAGCAUAUGAAAUGACCUAUCGAGAGAACUUUACUAGAGCGAUGCUCUCGAAGUCUCGAAACUUGGUGGGAGAGACAUUAGGCCAUGUUCUGAACGGUGUCCGUAAUCGUCCCAUGAGAGACGCUCUACUCAUCCAUCAGGCUAUCACAGAGUCUGGCACUGGACGUGACCGUGCCGAGCUUCUUAUUUCUCGUCUCGUUCGAUUGCACUGGGAACCACGACACUUGGAGAAGGUCAAGUCCGAGUACCGUCGUAAAUACGGCCGGUUCAUAGAGGACCAUAUCGAGGAAGAGAUUAUCGAGGUUGGAGGCGCUGGGGCCCAUGAAAAGAAGACCGAAUGGGCUGAUUUCUGCGUGGAGUUGGUUAAGAGUUCGGGCUUUCAUGUAGAAAACGAGGAGCCGUGA